AUGCGCGCGCAGGCACCGCCAUCUUUGAAAUUCAGGAGGUGUGCACCAUCAACACUGGCCCGCGAAGCUCUCUCCUCAAAGUUACUUUAAUUCAGAUAACGUCACACAAAGUGCUUUAUCAGAGUAUGGCGAACCGAAAUAUGCAACAAGCGCCUGCGCAGAGCAACAGUUCCCCCCAACCGCCGAGGAGCGGGACCGAGUCCCCGGCGCAGGCCCCGGCGAACAAAGACAGUCCGGCGCCGCCGCCGCCGCCGCAGCCCCCCGCGGCCGGGCCGGCGGGGGGAGCCGGGGAAGGGCUCGAGGAGGGCCGGGCUGAGAUGACUUUGGAUAUCACGAGCUUUCGGAAGCCCGGGGAGAAGACGUUCACCCAGCGCUCGCGCCUCUUCAUCGGGAACCUCCCGCUGGACCUACCGGAAGAGGAGUUCAAGAACAUGUUCGUAAAAUACGGGAAUAUUAGCGAGGUGUUCAUCAACAGAGACCGGGGCUUCGGCUUUAUUCGUCUGGAAACCCGCACGCUGGCAGAGAUUGCCAAAGCUGAGCUGGAUGGGACUGUUUUAAACAACCGACCCAUCAGGGUCAGCUUCGCCAUGCACACUGCCGCCCUCACCGUGCGCAACCUGUUGCCCGCGGUAACAAAUGAGCUGCUGGAAGAGGCGUUCUCUCAGUUCGGGCUGGUGGAGCGAGCCAUUGUCGUGACGGAUGACCGCGGCCGCCCCACCGGGAGAGGCAUCGUGGAGUUUGCGAACAAAGCGGCUGCACGCAAAGCUCUGGAGCGCUGCGCGGAGGGAGCGCUGCUGCUGACCACCACGCCUUGUCCGGCCAUCGUGGAGCCCUCGGAGCACUUCGAUAAUGAAGACGGACAGCCGGAGAAAUUGCUGCAGAAGUCUGCGGCGUACUAUAAGGAACGAGAGCAGACGCCCCAUUUUGCUCAGCCGGGGACGUUUGAUUUUGAGUAUUCGUCUCGCUGGAAAGCUCUUCACGAGAUGGAGAAACAGCAACGAGAGCAGGUGGACAAGAACAUCAGAGAGGCCAAAGAGAAACUGCAGGCGGAGUUGGAGGCGGCCAAACACGAACACCAGCUCAUGUUAAUGAGACAAGAUCUCAUGAGGCGCCAGGAGGAGCUGAGGAGGCUGGAGGAGCUCCGCAACCAGGAGCUGCAGAGGAGGAAGCAGAUAGAGAUGAGGCACGAGGAGGAAUUGAGGAGGAGGAGAGAGGAGGAGAUGAGACUCAGGGAACAGGAGGACAUGAGACGCCACCCGGAGGGCUUCAAACCAAACUACCUGGACAACAGAGAACAGGAAAUGAGAGUGGGUGAGCUGGGCCCUCGUGGAGCCGUUAAUAUGGGAGAUGGCUUCAACCAGGGCUCGCCGGGGCCCGGUGGGAACCAAGGUCAAAUGAUGGGCAUGAGUGGAAGGGGAGGAGCCAUUGGCCCAGAGGGGACGGCAAACAUGGGGACGCCAGUGAUGUCAGAGAAUGGAGCCAUGCGAAAAGAUCGAUACUCGCAGGGGGCCCCGAUGGGGCGGCCAGAGGUUGAGUCCCCAAAGCUGCAACAGCAGACGCCACCACAACAACAACAACAGCAGCAGCAGCAGCAACAACAGCAGCAGCAGCAACAACAACAACAACAACAACAGCAGCAGCUACAACAGCAGCAGCAGCAACAACCGCCACCGUUGGGCCCUCAAGCUGGGAGGGGGAGCCCGGUCGGGGGGGUCUUUGACGGGCCGAACAGUAAACGGCGCCGGUAUUAAAUCGGCCCGCGGAGGCGUUGGCGCUCGUGGAUCUUUACUCCCGUCGGCUCUCGUUUGACGUCUCCCGGGGAGUUUUGGGUUUUCCCGUAACGCCCUCCGGAGCGCCUGGAUCCCUCUGCAACGUUCAGACUCGGUUUCCCUUUUUUUCCUCCGCUGAACAUCGAGUGUGCAAACAGGUUUUAGGGGCAGACGGACUGUGAGAGGAUCUGGGCCCAAACAAGAACUCUGUUGCUGGGCGUUGGUUCUUCGUGGUCGUCCCUAAACUAACUGAUCCUCUAUUAGAUAUCCAGUCAUCACGUGAGUGAAUGUCUCUGCAUUUGUAUCUGAUGGGGAAGAGAAAUAAAGUAUUUGUAGGAAG